AAUUGAGGCUCUAGGUGGAGGAUGUGUUCAGUAUUUGAACGGACCUCCCGCAAGUAAGACCUCUGAGUGACAGCAUCUGGCAAUUUAUAUUCAAUUGGAAGCUUCAAUCACAUAUAACGGGUUAAUUAAGCUCGUAAACGAACCUAUAAUCAUAGAUGCUUGACUGGGGCAGUGUCCUCAGAGUUGGAUGGUGCCUGAAAGUUUUGUUAUUGCACAUGUGCUUUAUUUGAACUCCAACCACCUGCCCGUUGCCGGCGCCCGCCGAGCGAUCAACGAACUCGAUUUUAAAUUCGGACAGAAAUUACCACUAAAGUUUCUCCACGAGUGAACCAAAUGGCAGUGCAAAUGGAAACUCUCUGUGGAGGUUUUUUACCACCGAUAACCCGUGGGACUUUGCAAAACAAUGACCAGGAAUCUCUGAAGCUGUCCCCGGACAAAACAGCGACUUCGAGUCCCGCGUCGCCGCUACAGUCCGAAAGUCCUCACUUGCCCCCCACUCCUCCUGGGGCUGGAUCUCCUCCAUCAUCGCGGUUAUUCCCUUUAUCCCCGCAGAAUAAUUAUCCCCAGCAACAUCAACAGAUAAAUGUACCCCCACUGCGGGCUCUUCCCUUCAGCAUCGAUAAUAUACUAAAGCCCGACUUCGGUAGCGCGAAAACAGACCCAGUUUGUCACAGCCGAGCACCGCUGGUUGGUAAGAGGUCUUCAGAGACGCCUGAAUUGCUCCUGCGAACUCCCCCAAAGACGCCUGAUAUCCCAGGGCGUCAUGAGUCCCCGGUGGAUCUUAGUCACAGGCUUCCCUUAGCUCUAAGUCACAAUUUUCUUGCCAAUGCGGCCAAAACCAAUGAAAGUUUCUUGUCACAUUCCAUCAGCUUCCUGAUGAACCCUGUAAAUCACCCCGUGAAUCCUUUUAGCCCUGUUGUGCACGCUAUUAAUCCGCUUCAACAUCAUCUUCAGCAGCAACUUUUCCAGCAUCACGCCGUAAGUCCUCACCUCCAGCAGCCUAUCGUCACCAAACCAAUCCCCUUAUCAUCUUCAGCGGCCUUCCAACUAUUGAAGCCUUUUAACGCUUUCACUAACAUCAACGAUCAUCAAAAACGUCUUCAAAAUCAUCAAAUCAUUCAAUCCCAUCAACAGCAACAUCAAAACAAGAAAUCUGCCAUCUGUAAGAAUAUUUCAAUUAAAGAAAUCGAUCAACAACCAGCGAAUAAAGAUAUUUUCCCUACCGAAUUCUCAAGCGAACAACAGCCAACGAAUAUCUCUAGAACGCCGGUGUCUGUUCCGUCGCCGACACCGAGCAACAGUUCUACGAACAGCAGCUUUUCCAGUUCUUCCAGCCAGCAUGAGAAUGCAAAUAACAAUAAUAAUAUAAACAACAACAAUAACAAUGAGAAAUCUACGAGCAACUGCAACAAGAACACUCAAGGGGAGAGGAUUUCUAAAUCGGGGAACCAAACCGACAACUUGGACGAGCUCGUCAACCCCAAGAUACCCGAAGACAGCAGCAACUGGCCAGCCUGGGUCUACUGCACGCGAUACUCCGACAGACCUUCUUCAGGCCCACGUUCUCGGAGAGUGAAGAGAAGAGACCGCAACCCUGAAGAGAAGAGGCCCAGGACAGCCUUCUCCUCAGACCAGCUGGCGCGCCUCAAGAAGGAGUUUGAGGACAGCAAGUACCUCACGGAGAAGAGGCGCCAGGACUUGGCCAGGGAGUUGGGACUUAAUGAGUCCCAGAUCAAAAUUUGGUUCCAGAACAAGCGGGCCAAGAUUAAGAAGAGCACAGGGCCCAGAAGUGGUCUGGCACAGCAUCUAAUGGCCCAGGGUCUUUAUAAUCACUGCACGGUACCUGUAGACGAAGAUGAAUCGUAUCUCAGCUAAUAUUGUUUUUGAUAUUAUAAAGUAAUAGUUAUAUAGCGUAAAUAUUUUAUGGUAUGAUAUGCAAGGUCAAAAAAUUGAUCUGACAUGUGGAGCAACCAGCAGCAAAUUCAAAUUUAGGAAUGAAUUUCUACAUUGGUAUAGAUUAUCAUCAGUUUUCAACGAUUUCAAAAUAGCCCUUUAAAUUUUGUCUUCUCCAGAAAAAUGUAGCCAAAGAAUCAGUUUUCUUAUCAGAUUGGAUUUAGUUUUUGCUCAAGAAGAUUUUGGGUAAAAUUGCAGUUUUAGCAAAGACCGCAAUUAAUGCUCUACAGCAACCUGUUUAAUACUCAUAAAAUAAUUACUCAGUAAUUAAACUGUGAAAUCGAAUUUUAUUAAUUCAAAAUACAUAAGUGAUCGCGGCGAUGACUAAAUUCGUGUAUUAUACCGACAUGGUUCAGGUUUUUAUCAUGAAGCUUGAUUGUGUAAAAACUGUGACAUAAGCAACCUCCAGAGAACAGAAACAUGUGAACGUCCCUGAUCGGCAGGUCUGUGUUAUGAUUCCAAUAAAUGAAUGCAUAUUUUUUCCUCUCUAUGAAAACCAUAUUUCUUGUCUUGUGAUCCUUAAAUAGCAUGAUUGUAAGCAUGACGUUUGUCUCGGGACAAAAUUUGUUAAAAAAAACUCUUGUGAUAAUCAGGAUGAACAGUGGACGACGGUGUGGCUCGAGCGACCUUAUAUUGUGUUCAAUUAUAUAGAGCGCUUCAUUAGCACACUUGUGAUCAUCUUUGUACAUCUUCUUCAGACUUGGUCUGAUCCAUCUCAAACAUGAAUUAAUAUUCUGGGUAUGUUUUCGUAAAAUAGUAAAUCUGAACCGGUAAAUAAUAUCCUGAACAUGGUUAAGUGAUAAAUUACAUCUCAAUCAUGUACGUAAUAAUAUUUCUAAGCAUUUUUUCGAUAGGUCACAUCUGAAUAUAAGAUUAACAUUCUGAACAUGUGUUUAUGAUGAUCGUGUGUGUAUACAUGCACUAUCAUUAUUCAUGACAAGAAAUAAUGUAUAAGUUGCGUGUGAAAUUGACGUAUGAAUUAUGCAGAUAUACAGAUGUGUAUUCCUUACAAGUGUUCACAGACUCAUUAAGCGUCAAAAUAAGCUACCGGUAAUUCCGUCAAUUCUGUACACAUGCCUGGUAAACAUUUUUUCCUGGUCUAAUCGAGCGACUGGUAAAGCCGAACAUGUAAUCAUCCUUUCAUGCGUAAGUGUUCGUCAGCACAAAGAAAAUCGAACGAUAGCCACUUUAUUUGAACUACGCCGAGAUUUUGUUCUCAUGUUUCGCCCAACGCUCAAAAUUGCAAUUUUACUCGAGGUUUGUUAAUGUUUGUUUCAAAGAUGCCCAGAAUGAAUAAAUGUAUAUAUUUAAAUACAUUAUUUAUACGAGGAAUGUGGAAACAUUUUACACAGAAUUAUGUGUACAGUUACUGUUUGUGACUUUCAUUGACAAGUUGAAGCAGUAAAUAUUGUAAUGUAGAUGUAGUUCGACUGUGUCAUUUGAAAUUUAGUAAUUUAAGGAAUAACAUUCAAAUGUAAUUUAGCUAAACGAGCUGCUAUUUAUUUCAAAAAACUCAACAUAUUCGCUUGAAGACUAUGAACUGUAAUUUUUAGUCUAGAUUUUCACCUCAAGAUAUUCAUCAGAAUGAUCAACAUGUAUAGCUUAGCCUUUAAAUUAUUGUCUAAAAUAAUGAAUAGUUUAUAAAACAGUGAAGAAAUAUAAUAUAUAAGAACAUGCAAUUAAUGCGGGUGUGUAAUAUAUGUGUAUGUAUGUGUAAAAAAUGUUAGUAAUAAACUCAUCGCUCGUUAUAAUAUAGGCCUAUGGAAUCCCUACGUCGAAUAAACUUUGUUAC